AUGUAUGCGGUUUUAUCAUUAGUUUUAGUCCUAACUGUUGACUUUGUCGUGCAAAGAACCAAGAGUGUUACUAUCGGUGUGGUUGGGUUUUGUGAGGUUGAGUUGGGAUCUCUUACCUACUGUAUAACCCAUUGGUAUCAACAAAAACCGUUCUUCAAACAGCGGAAAUCGUCAUUUUUGGUGGAAAGGAGAAUUAAUAUUCCGAAAACUCUUGUGAAAUCAGAUGCUGCUUUUGUGGAUGAUGUUGGUUCAUGCAAGUCCAAAUUCCAACUACAAUCCCUGGUCUUAGACGAAAAUGGUCGCUGCGAUCUCGUUGAGAGACGGCCACGAGACUUAGACGAGACCCGAGUGCACGGAACGGUAACCUCUGAACGAAUCCAGGAAAAUCAAUAUGUAGAUACGGUGUCACAGUGGAGAAUCCAGUUUGACCUUGGCACUCACUCUGGACAUACCGUUGAUUGUACGCUGCUUGCGGUCAUAUUCAGCAUGGAAACGCUACACACAGUCACCUUCACUCAGCCGAGAUUUUUCGUCGAUGGCUGGCGGAGAAUUUACCAGGCAUUCGGUGAGAAUGAAUUUUUACUAAACACUGUCGGUACAGUAUUGGUGAUCAAUAUUACCUACUGGACCGUAGGGUUACUCUUGCUCUCCAUCGAUUUGACAAGAAAACCAGCAUUUCUAUGGAAGUAUAAAGUCCAGCCAGAUAAAAACGCCCCGCUGGACCCAUCAGUACUUCCUGGUGUCUUCAGGACAACUAUUUUCAACAUGGUAGUGGUAUUUUAUUUGUGUUCUGUGUUCUUCUACAAAGCCGGCCAAUGGCGGGGUUAUUCUAGUAGUUGUUCAGUUGAAGACGUGCCGACAAUACCCAGAAUUCUCUUCGAUUUGAUAGUUGCCGUCGUUGGGGAAGAAGUGGUUUUCUAUUACACACACCGGUUAUUUCAUCAUCCGUAUUUGUAUAAAAGAUUCCACAAGAAGCAUCACGAAUGGACGGCGCCGAUUGGUUUAAUUGCUCUUUACGCACAUCCGCUUGAACACGCGCUGAGUAACGCAUUAGCAGCCGUUGCCGGGGCUUUCGUUGUCCAAUCACAUCUGCUGUCAAUAUGGAUCUGGUUGGUGAUAGCGGUGUAUUCCACACAGAUCACGCAUUCUGGAUACCACUUUCCUUUUACACUGUCACCCCAAUUCCACGAUUUCCACCAUGCAAAGUUCAACUAUUGUUACGGAGCAAUUGGUGUUUUAGAUUAUCUCCAUGGAACUGAUACAUUGUACCGAAAGAGCAUAUCCCACAGACGACAUAAAACUAUCUUUAAUUUGACGCCGAUACAUGAGAGUAUCCCAAUUGACAAUUUCAAAAAAGAUUGAUGCAAAUGUGAAGUAAUAUGUAAUGUCC